CUCUACUAACAGCCUUACAAUGUUCCUCAACCUCUCUUCAAUCGUUAUUUUUUAGGUUUUAUCAAAGAGCCAUGAUUAUAUACACAUAGCACGACGCUUAUAUGGGAAUUUAACUACCGAACUACCGUCUUCAAGUAGGCUUAUAACGCGUUAUUGGUAUCGUAUUUUAAAAAAUAUCCGAGGAGGAAAUUCCACACAAGCUGCACAGCAGAGAAGGCACCCCUUGUGUGAUCUGGAUAUUAAAACUAAAAGAAGGUACUCACUAGUACCGUGAGGCUGUCGGACCAACAUCGGCUGUCGGAACAAUACUCGGUCACAUGGUGCGCAGACUGUGGGGCAGCGCUCUUAUAAAAACUUUUGUGUUGUGGAAACCUCAGAGUUAAUACUGUGGCUUGUGUCCUGUGUGCUGACCUCAUGGUGUAACCAGGAGUAAAGAUGAGCAUAAGCAGUGAUGAGGUCAACUUUCUGGUGUACAGAUACCUGCAGGAGUCAGGGUUUUCUCACUCAGCCUUCACGUUUGGCAUCGAGAGCCACAUCAGCCAGUCCAAUAUAAAUGGCGCCCUAGUGCCCCCUGCUGCUCUCAUCUCCAUCAUCCAGAAGGGCCUGCAGUAUGUGGAGGCUGAAGUCAGCAUCAAUGAGGACGGCACGCUGUUUGAUGGGCGACCGAUCGAGUCCCUGUCGUUGAUCGAUGCGGUGAUGCCGGAUGUGGUACAGACGCGGCAGCAGGCCUACCGAGACAAGCUGGCACAGCAGCAAGCUGCCGCCGCACCACCCGCCACCACGGCCAACCUGCAGGGCAACACCAAGAAUGGCGAAAACACGGCCAACGGGGAAGAGAACGGAGCUCAUGCCUUAGCUAAUGCUCUGGGUUCUCAUGGCUGUUUCUCCGCACUAACAGACAACCAUGCAGACAUGAUGGAGGUUGACGGGGACGUGGAGAUCCCCCAGAAUAAAGCCAUGGUGCUGCGCGGCCACGAGUCGGAGGUGUUCAUUUGCGCAUGGAACCCCGUUAGUGACCUCCUUGCCUCCGGGUCCGGGGAUUCCACAGCGCGCAUCUGGAACCUUAGCGAAAACAGCACCAGCAGCUCCACGCAGCUCGUGCUCAGACACUGUAUACGGGAAGGAGGGCAAGACGUACCAAGCAACAAAGACGUCACAUCAUUAGACUGGAAUAGUGAAGGUACGCUACUAGCAACAGGCUCCUAUGAUGGAUUUGCAAGAAUAUGGACUAAAGAUGGUAAUCUUGCCAGUACCUUGGGGCAGCACAAAGGUCCUAUUUUUGCUCUGAAAUGGAAUAAAAAAGGAAAUUUCAUCCUUAGUGCUGGUGUAGACAAGACAACAAUCAUAUGGGAUGCUCAUACAGGAGAGGCCAAGCAACAGUUCCCCUUUCAUUCAGCACCUGCACUGGAUGUGGACUGGCAGAGCAACAACACGUUUGCCUCCUGCAGCACAGACAUGUGCAUCCACGUGUGCAAACUUGGCCAGGACAGACCCAUCAAGACAUUCCAAGGGCACACGAAUGAAGUGAAUGCAAUCAAGUGGGAUCCGACCGGUAACCUGCUGGCAUCCUGUUCUGAUGACAUGACUCUGAAGAUCUGGAGUAUGAAGCAAGACACCUGUGUUCAUGAUUUGCAAGCACACAGCAAAGAAAUCUACACUAUCAAAUGGAGCCCCACUGGGCCUGGAACCAACAACCCCAACGCCAAUCUCAUGCUUGCCAGCGCGUCCUUCGACUCCACUGUUCGGUUAUGGGAUGUAGACCGAGGCAUCUGCAUACACACGCUGACCAAACACCAGGAACCCGUGUACAGCGUAGCCUUCAGCCCAGAUGGCAGGUUCUUGGCCAGCGGUUCCUUUGACAAGUGUGUCCACAUCUGGAACACACAGACGGGUGCUUUAGUCCAUAGCUACAGGGGAACAGGAGGCAUCUUUGAAGUCUGCUGGAAUGCAGCGGGCGACAAAGUGGGAGCAAGUGCAUCAGAUGGAUCUGUGUGUGUAUUAGAUCUGCGGAAAUAACGCUGCUUGUUGGAAGCCAUGGACCGACUAUGAAUGUGUACAUAGCCAAAAUGACUGUCCCUGCCCCACGUACUGCUAGUCCCUACUGAACCAUGGCCAGCCACUACAGCCAAAACAUUGCACCCCGACACAGCAGCCUCCGAGGACUAGGGAACGUCCUGGGCCCAGAGGAUUCUACCCACAGACACGAGGGGACUUUUGUAAGUGACAGAAAAAGAAAAAAAGAAAAGAAAAAAGAAGAGGGGGAAAAAGGACCCAUAUAUGUACCAAAAUUUGAAAGCUAUUUUCUGUUUUGUUCUUCAAACCAGUCUCAAUAAAAAAGGAUUUUUAUCUUCGUUGGUAGAUAAGUUUGUGUGUGCAGACAUAUCGGCUUUCUCCAUCCUACGGCAGGCAGUUAGUUCCUUUCUCCUUUUCAAACGUUUCAGUUCUUUAUGUUACAGCUGCUUGAAAUGGAGGAGUCUGUCACCUUCCUCCAUUUCCUUCUUACUUGGACAGAAAACAGUUAUUACAAAAAAUGUCUUUGGUACUGUGUGUUUUUGUGGUUCAAAAACAUUGAGGGGGGACUCGGAUAUUGUUAAAUUUUAGUUAAAACUUUUUCUUAUUCAAUUGUAGUUUUGAUGCUAUGGUUUUACUGUUCACAUCUAAAAGCAGUAGGAUUUUUUUUUCCAAAGGGGACAUUAUUUUCUGUCAAAUAUAAAGAAAUACACAAAUAAGAUGGGCACAAAAAUUUGAGAAGAUGCAUCAUGGAUCAUUUUGCUUUAAAACCAUAAUUAUGGUUGGAUUGUGCACUAUUGAUAGAGCAACAUAAAAAAAUGUUCAUACAAGAUCUUUCUGGACAAAGGUUUACUGCUGUAGCUGUUAUUAGAAAGCACCAUUCAUUAGUAAACUGCAGAUGAUGUUUUAGUCGGUGACAAAUUAGGCUCCAGUAUUAAUGACUGAUAACGUGUAGCUUUUUAAAAAAAGUCCACUGGACAAUGUAAAAAUCAAUUUAACACUGCUGUCUGGCAGACUGAGGUCCCUCUGCAAUGUAUUACUCAAAAAGGGAAGACUUGCUUUAAGUUUCUUUUUUUGUGACAAACUGACAGCUUACAGUAUUUCAUACUGGUGUUGGACUUACUUUGAUCUUUCAUUAUGUAACCUUGCUUUUGCCUCUAAAGCUGUGAGAUUGACAUGGUUUAGUUAAUUGUGUGCAAAUGAAUGCUAAAAGAUAAUCAAGUCUCAAUAUUUUACUUGUGCCACCUGCAUAAUUGCUUCCAUCUCUGCUUUGAUAUUUCAUAACUGAUUCUGUUUUUAUUUUGUCAGCACAGCAGUCUAAUUGUUUUGUUGUUUUGCAUUUUAUUAGUCAUUAAAACUGGAACUUUUCCAAUCUGAUGUUUCAUAGGAUUUCCAUAUGAUGUGUUGACAGAAGACUAUUCUCAGUAAUGCACUGACAAAUAUUUCUGUUAUUAGAGUAAAAGAUGAAGCUUAAAGCAAGUCUGGGUGUUG